GCGGGCGCCGAGGGGGCGAGCGGGCAGCGGCGCCCGAGGCCGACGGAGCGGCCGGGCCGAGGCGCCGAGCCGAGCGGAGCGGAGCCGAGCGGCGGGAGAGGCCGCCGCCGCCGCCGCCAAGAUGGCGGACCUGGAGGCGGUGCUGGCCGACGUGAGCUACCUGAUGGCCAUGGAGAAGAGCAAGGCCACGCCGGCCGCGCGCGCCAGCAAGAAGAUCCUGCUGCCCGAGCCCAGCAUCCGCAGCGUCAUGCAGAAGUACUUGGAAGACCGGGGCGAGGUGACCUUUGAAAAGAUCUUCUCCCAGAAGCUGGGGUACCUGCUCUUCCGGGACUUCUGCCUGAAGCACCUGGAGGAGGCCAAGCCCCUGGUGGAGUUCUAUGAGGAGAUCAAGAAAUACGAGAAACUGGAGACAGAGGGGGAGCGCCUGGCGCGCAGCCGGGACGUCUUUGACACCUACAUCAUGAAGGAGCUGCUGGCCUGCUCGCAUCCCUUCUCAAAAAGUGCCAUUGAGCAUGUCCAGGGCCACCUGGUGAAGAAGCAGGUGCCUCCAGAUCUCUUCCAGCCGUACAUUGAAGAGAUUUGUCAGAACCUCCGAGGGGAUGUGUUCCAGAAAUUCAUCGAGAGCGAUAAGUUCACACGAUUUUGCCAGUGGAAGAACGUGGAGCUCAACAUCCACCUGACCAUGAACGACUUCAGUGUGCACCGCAUCAUCGGGCGAGGGGGCUUUGGCGAGGUCUACGGGUGCCGGAAGGCUGACACAGGAAAGAUGUAUGCCAUGAAGUGUCUGGACAAGAAGCGCAUCAAGAUGAAGCAGGGGGAGACCCUGGCCCUGAAUGAGCGCAUCAUGCUCUCCCUCGUCAGCACUGGGGACUGCCCGUUCAUUGUCUGCAUGUCAUACGCAUUUCACACACCGGACAAGCUCAGCUUCAUCCUUGAUCUCAUGAACGGCGGGGACCUGCACUACCACCUGUCCCAGCACGGGGUCUUCUCCGAGGCCGACAUGCGCUUCUAUGCAGCCGAGAUCAUCCUGGGCCUGGAACACAUGCACAACCGCUUUGUCGUCUAUCGGGACCUGAAGCCCGCCAAUAUCCUGUUGGAUGAGCAUGGCCACGUGCGCAUCUCCGACCUGGGCCUGGCCUGUGACUUCUCCAAGAAGAAGCCCCACGCCAGUGUGGGCACCCACGGGUACAUGGCCCCCGAGGUUCUGCAGAAGGGUGUGGCCUAUGACAGCAGUGCCGACUGGUUCUCCCUGGGCUGCAUGCUCUUCAAAUUGCUGAGGGGGCAUAGCCCCUUCCGGCAGCACAAGACCAAAGAUAAGCAUGAGAUUGAUCGCAUGACACUGACCAUGGCUGUGGAGCUGCCCGACUCCUUCUCUCCCGACCUCCGCUCCCUGUUGGAGGGGCUGCUGCAGCGGGAUGUCAACCGGAGGCUGGGCUGCCUGGGCCGAGGGGCCCAGGAGGUGAAGGAAAGCCCCUUCUUCCACUCCCUGGACUGGCAAAUGGUCUUCUUGCAGAAGUACCCUCCCCCACUGAUCCCCCCGCGAGGGGAGGUGAAUGCGGCCGACGCCUUCGACAUUGGGUCCUUUGAUGAGGAGGACACAAAAGGAAUCAAGUUACUGGACAGCGACCAGGAGCUCUACCGAAACUUUCCCCUCACCAUCUCGGAGCGGUGGCAGCAGGAGGUGGCAGAGACGGUCUUCGACACGAUCAAUGCUGAGACGGACCGGCUGGAGACCCGCAAGAAAACCAAAAACAAGCAGCUGGGCCAUGAGGAAGACUAUGCCCUGGGCAAGGACUGCAUCAUGCAUGGCUACAUGGCCAAGAUGGGCAACCCCUUCCUGACCCAGUGGCAACGGCGGUACUUCUACCUGUUCCCCAACCGGCUCGAGUGGCGGGGCGAGGGCGAGGCCCCGAGCCUGCUCACCAUGGAGGAGAUCCAGUCGGUGGAGGAGACGCAGAUCAAGGAGCGCAAGUGCCUCCUUCUCAAGAUCCGAGGUGGUAAACAGUUCGUCCUGCAGUGCGACAGUGACCCCGAGCUGGUGCAGUGGAAGAAGGAGCUGCGCGAGGCCUACCGCGAGGCGCAGCAGCUGGUGCAGCGGGUGCCCAAGAUGAAGAACAAGCCACGCUCUCCCGUGGUGGAGCUGAGCAAGGUGCCACUGAUCCAGCGUGGCAGCGCCAACGGCCUCUGACCCGCCCCACCCUUCCACCUGCCUUUUAUAAACCUCUAAUUUAUUUUGUCGAAUUUUUAUUAUUUGUUUUCCCGCAAAGCGGAAAAGGUUUUAUUUUGUAAUUAUUGUGAUUCCCUGUGGCCCCAGCCUGGCCCAGCCCCCAGCGGGGCCUGCUUGCCUCGGCUCCUGCUGCCGCCAACCCGGCUACUGUCCAGCUCCCCCCAGCCCUAAACCCUGGGGCCUCCUGCUCCCAGUGUCUUCCUGUGGGGGCGGGAGGCAGCCCCAGGCAGCCCUGCCUGUCCUUACCCGGGGAUGAUACUGCAGAGUUGUGCCACCUCUGGCUCUGCUCUGUGCCCUCUGCACAGCUGGGUGGCCCAGCACCCUGCAGCCCAUGGGAGACCGCAGCACCGGGAAACUACAGGACUUUACCCGCUGUGGCCCCUCCUGUGACAGGGACGCAGCCCCACACUGUCCUGCCUCCAGCCAGUCGGUGGAGGGGCCCAUUGUCUCCCGGCCCCCAGGGCCCCCCGGGCUGGCGGGCUCCUGCCCCCUGGCUCCAGGAGAGCCACCGGCUGCCAGCCCUCCUGUGUUCCUGGGCACUUGGGCUCGGCCAGGAGGGCAGCGUGGCAGUGGGUGCUGCUGCCCUCACUGCAGACCUUCCCCACCAGGCGCUGGGCUCAGGGACCACAGAAAGGCAACUGCGGGUCCUGCCACACUGGCCCAGCCUUGCCCCAAGGUCACCCUGCUCCUGGGCUGGGCAAGGCCUCACCUGCCCGGGACCACUAGGGGCCAGCCUGGCCUGGCUUGGCUGGGCAGCACAGUGAGGGGCAGGUGGGCCAGCCCUCGCCACCCUAGGCCAGUGUGCCCAGGCGGGCCAGCCCCAUGGCCCCAUGCCCCGUCAGUGCCACCACCCACAGGGCGCCACCUUGCCCACCGCAUGCCCCCUCGUGCCUGUCACGCUGCCGUGUGUGGUCUUGCCCUGUCCCCCUGGGGCUGGGUCGGCACGCCCUUUCUGCCCAUCUACUCACUCCCCAGGGCGUUUCUUUGCCGAUUUUUGAAUGUGAUUUUAGAGUGGAAAAUGAGACUAUGAGUUUUUAUAAAAAAUGGUGCCUGACUCCUG